AUGGCUUCCAUUAAGGGACCUACUCCCCAGGAGCACGACGGUAGCGCUUUGCGCAUCGGCAUCGUGCACGCGCGCUGGAACACCACCAUCAUCGAGCCGUUGCUGAAGGGGACCAAGGACAAGCUGCUAGCCUGCGGCGUGAAGGAGAGCAACAUCGUGGUCCAAUCUGUGCCCGGCUCGUGGGAGCUGCCUAUUGCCGUGAAGUCCCUCUUCUCCGCCUCGCAAGUGCAAGCAACCUCCUCGGGCGGCACCUCCGCCGGCGACCUCCUCGGCUCCUCGACCACGGACCUGGCCUCUCUGUCGACGAACCCCUCGACGCCCUUCGACGCCAUCAUUGCGAUCGGAGUGCUGAUCAAGGGCGAGACGAUGCACUUCGAGUACAUCUCGGACGCGGUGUCGCAAGGGCUCAUGCGCACGCAGCUCGACCUGGGCAUCCCCGUAAUCUUCGGCGUGCUGACGGUGCUCAGCGACGAGCAGGCCAAGGCGCGCGCCGGCGUGCUGCCCGGUAGCCACAACCACGGCGAGGACUGGGGCUUAGCGGCCGUGGAACUGGGUGUGAAGCGGGGGGCUUGGUCGAAGGGGCAGAUGGACUAA